AUGACCACAACGAAAAGUUCUUUGCGUAGCAUCUUGCCGCAACUCGAGACGGCCCUCAAGUCUUUCCAAUCAUCUGAUUUCAAGUUCCGCAUUGUCCGAAGUAUCAACCCUUCUUCUUCAAAUCCGCCCUCUCCAAAGACUCUGUUCAUCCUCGAUUCAUCGUUCAAUCCACCUUCCAAGGCCCACCUGGCUCUUGCCAGAUCUGCUCUGCACUCUUCUUCAACCCAACAGCAUCAAUCUCCAUUCAGAUUGCUACUCCUCUUCAGCACUCACAAUGCUGACAAGGCUCCCUCCGCGGCCUCUUUUCCCCAACGUCUGGCUCUCAUGACCAUCUUUGCUGAGGACUUGCUGAGGGAUCUCCAAACUGUGGCCAACCACAAAGAUUAUGUGCUGCCAGCAAUUGACAUUGGCUUGACCACCGCUCCUUACUACACCGAUAAGAGCUUGGCCAUCUCGAAAGAGGGCGCUGAGCGUUAUCCAGACUCUCCCAGACAUGUGCAUCUUUUGGGCUUUGACACUAUUACCCGCUUCUUCGCUGCCAAGUACUAUCCCAACUUCGAUCCGCCAUUUUCGGCACUCAUCCCUUACUUUGACGAGGGUCACCGACUGCGUGUGACUCUUCGACCCUCAGAUGAGUACGGCACAUUGGAGUCACAGCAGGAGUUUAUCAAUUCGUUGGCUAGAGGUGACAUGGAGUCGGACGGAGGCAAACGGGAAUGGGCUUCCCAAAUUGAGGUUGUACAUGCAGAGGAAGGUGUCGGCGUCAGUAGCACGAGAGUCAGAAAGGCGGCCAAGCAACAAGACUGGGACGAGGUCCAACAGCUUUGCACCGAGGGGGUUGCACAGGCUGUGAGAGAGGAUACCAUCUAUGAAAGUGACGAUAAAGGUGCCAAAAUGGCCUAG